GAGGUUCACCACGACGGACAUCAGCGAGAAUAAUUUCGCUCCUAUGCAACCCAGGGACGAAAAAAACUAAUGAGAAGCGUCAAUGCGAUGACAGUAGUUGGCAUCUCGCGGCUGAGCCGAUCGGCUCAAUCGCGUCUGUGCCUGUCGCAAACCGUGAGAUGGAUAUCAUGCACUGGUCAUCGCGCCCAGGCGACAAGAUGGACAAUGUCUACUACUGUCUGGACGCCCCCAGUAGGCCGCACGGCAACGAAGGGAGAAUGACACGACAAACUCAUUCGGACUGGGUUUCUCAGAAACGUAGGACCAAGUGCUGCUCAUUGUUGAAUGACCCGAGUAUGCUGAAACAGACGCAGACGCAGCCUGGCAUAUUUCACAUGCUACCGUUGGGGUUGAGGGUGCAAGAGAAGAUCGAGAAGCUCCUGGACAAGCACAUGCACUCAAUCGGGGCUGCUCGCCUCGCAUUGUCAAGCCUUUCCUCAGCGCAGCUCUGGGAGCAAAGUGGUCGGCUUUCUCAAGUCAGCGGCGAGCUCUUCCAGCUUGAGGACCGCAAGAAGCACCGCUUCUUACUGGCCCCUACGCACGAGGAGGAGAUCACCGCGCUGGUGGCAGCUGGUGUUAACUCGUACAAACACACGCCUCUCCGAUUAUACCAGACCACACGCAAGUACCGCGAUGAGAUACGCCCAAGACACGGCCUGCUAAGGUCACGAGAAUUCCUGAUGAAGGAUCUUUACAGCUUUGACUGGUCUUACGAGAAGGCUUUUGAGACUUAUAACUUGGUUGCCAAGGCAUACCAGCAGUUUUUCAAAGACCUCAAUCUGCCCAUUAUCGUGGCCGAGGCCAGCUCCGGCGACAUGGGUGGCAAGCUCAGUCACGAAUACCAUCUGACCAGCCCUAUUGGGUCGGAUACAAUCUACACCUGUAAUAAAUGCGAUUACGCUUCCAAUGACGAGGUCGCUUCGCCUAGGCUCCCCGCUGCCGACGAAGUGAUCGGAGGGGAGGCAGUUUCCGUUCCAAUUUUGGCAUGGACGGGUGUCACCACGGACAGGAAGACACUGGUCAAUGUCUGGAUACCAAAAGACGCCGGGGACCCGAAUAUCCACGCCAUCAAGGCCGCAGUGCCUGAUCUCGAUACGACGCUUUCGGGCCAGCCCGCAAAUCAGGCUUGGGAAGACCAGCACAAUUCCACCACGGCUGGAGGGCCACCUCUAGUCAAGCAGUUGAUUGACGGCCGUCUGACGAAACUUAUGACAACAGUCGAUGAGCUCCUCGACGCUGGAGAAGGCCACACCGUCGAGAAAAUAAGUCAAGACGAGGAUUGCCAGCCUCUGAAUCUUGUUCGUCUCAAACAAGGCGAUGCCUGUCCACGCUGCGAGGGAGGUAAAGUGCAGACGCACCGCGCCCUGGAGCUUGGACAUACCUUUUACUUAGGAACCCGCUACUCCGAGCCCUUUAGUGCCAAAGUGGCAGCGGCCGACCCAAAGCAGCCCAAAGUGACCCUCUCUAUGGGUUGUUACGGACUGGGCAUCUCACGCAUAUUCGCGGCCCUCGUGGAGCACUUUGUCACUGAAAAGGGGCUCCAAUGGCCCGUCGCCAUCGCGCCAUUCCAUGUCUACGUCGUUCCCACCAUGGAGAUGACGGACGAAGCCUGGAAGCUCUAUGAUGCCAUCUCCGCGAGCAAAGAGCAAGACAAGGCGCUUGACGUUGUGGUGGAUGACCGCAAGGUUUCCUUUGGCUGGAAGAUGAAUGACGCCGAGACCAUUGGAUAUCCCAUUCAAGUUGUUCUCGGUAAGAAGUUCCAGAAGGACGGGAUCUGCGAGGUCCAUGUCCACAAGUAUAGGACGAGGGCGGAUGUUUCUGUGAACGAAGCGCCGACGUACAUUGCGGAACAGAUCCGCAAGAUUGAGCAAGAUGAAGGUGUAUCACCACAAAUGCGAAUAUGAAGAAGCACAGCACAAAGACGCAAGUCGAGGGCAUCGCUACUGCAUGGAGUGGAACCAGAACAGCCGCGUGUAGGAGCGGUGGACAGCCUUCCAU